CAGUAUAAAUGAGCAGCAGGCUGCUGCUUGCUGACAGACAGACGUCAUGUGGUGUCGAGGUUUCCUGCAGCAGACGCUCAGAUUCAUGUCAACCAGCAGACAGGCUGGCAUCCUCUUUGAUGUGGAUGGUGUCCUGCUCCGCGGUGGCUCCGUGAUCCCGGCGGCUCGACAAGCUUUCAGGAAGCUUCUGGACCAAAACAACAACUUCCUGUUUCCUGUUGUUUUUGUCACCAACGCAGGAAGUUGUCAGAGACAUCACAAGGCCCAGCAGCUGUCUCACCUGCUGGACGUCCAGAUCACCCCAGAGCAGGUGGUUCUUUCCCACAGUCCUUUGCGAAUGUUGAAGAGUUUCCAUGAUAAAUGUGUCCUGGUGUCGGGACAAGGACCAGUGACUGACAUCGCCAACACUUUGGGUUUUCAGAAAGUUGUGAGCAUCGAGCAGAUCAGAGAACAGCAUCCCCUGCUGGACAUGGUGGACCACAAUAGGAGACCCACACUACCUUCGUCUCCUCUGACUCUGCCCAAAAUAGAAGCGAUUAUCCUGUUUGGGGAACCAAUCAGGUGGGAGACCAACCUGCAGCUGUUGAUUGACGUGCUGCUGACCAAUGGGAGUCCUGGUUGUGAGUACAACGCUCACCUGUCGAAUCAGUUGCCGGUUCUGGCCUGUAACAUGGACCUGGUGUGGAUGGCCGAGGCCCCGUCUCCACGGUUUGGUCAUGGGAUGUUCCUGCUCUGUCUGGAGUCUGUCUACAGGAAGCUGACGGGUCGGGAGCUGCAGUACCAGGCACUGCUGGGAAAACCCUGUCUGCUUACCUACCAGUACGCCGAGCACCUGCUGAGGCUGCAGAACCAGAACCGCAAGCUAACCACCAUCUACGCUGUCGGCGACAAUCUGAUGACGGACAUCUACGGUGCUAAUCUGUACAACCGUUACCUGGCUCAGCAGCAGGCUGCCAUGAUGACCAGCACCAAGCUCGUUGCCCAGGGAACGGGGAGUCAGGUGACGAUUGCAGCCCCAGAGGAGGAGCUGGUGUCUGCUGCUUCUCAGUGUCGCUCCAUACUGGUGUGCACAGGUGUCUAUAACCCUCAUUCCCCGCUGCCCAGUGACCGGGGCACGGCCAUCACAGAAACAGUGUUCCAUGGUCACAGAGACCUGGUCCUGGAGCCGGGCCUCGUAGAGCCGAGUCACGUGGUGGAGGAUGUGGAGGCUGCUGUCGACCUGCUGCUGAAGCGAGAGGGCUCCAUGACCUCUGACCUUUGACACCUGACCUCUGACCUGUCAGUGCCUGCUCCGUACCUGGAAGCACGAUCUGAUCUGCAGAUGUGUAUAACUGGAUCAGUGGAAACACCUCAUUCCUGCUGAUUUGUAGCAGGCAGGUGUGCACAGGUGUGAACAGACACAGAGCUCAGUUCUGCACAGACUCUGUAAAGACUUUGGACUCAUUAUUUCUGUGAAUGUGUCAGUUUCUCAGACUGUUGCUGACUGCUGAUGGUCUGGAGGAGGAAGAGGUUCAGCACCUGUGAACACCUGAACCUGGAGCUGAGUUUAAACUUUAACCCCUGAACCUGUAAGCGACUGAUCAGAUCUCUAACAUUUGUUAAUUCAUCAGUGACUGAAAACAUCUGGACCAUUUCACUUUUUAUUUGACUGAAGUAAAAUAAAGACAUCUGAAAACCUG